AGGCUAGGGGUCAAAUCGGAGCUGUAGCCGCCAGCCUAUGCCACAGCCACAGCAACAUGGGAACCGAGGCGUGUCUGCUGUCUACACCACAGAUCACGGCAAUGCCAGAUCCUUAACCCACUGAGCAAGGCCAGGGAUCGAACCCACAACCUCAUGGUUCCUAGUUGGAUUCAUUAACUACUGAUCUACAACGGGAACUCCCCAUUUUUCAUUUUUUUUUUUUAUUUCUUGAAUGCUUUUUAUAGACUUUUUGCUUUUUAGGGGGCACAUGGAAGUUCCCAGGCUAGGGGUCAAAUCGGAACCACAGCUGAUGGCCUACUCCAUAGCCACAGCAAUGCAGGAUCCAAGCCAUGUCUGCAGCCAAUACCACAGCGCACAGCCCGACCCACUGAGCGAAGCCAGGGAUUGAACCUGCAUCCUCAUGGAUACUAGUCAGAUUCACUUCCAUUGCGCCACAAUGAGAACUGUUAUUUAUGGACUUUUAAAUGAUCUAUUUCCUUUUUUGUUUGUUUGUUUAAUUUCUUUUGGCCACGCCCACAGCAUACAAAAGUUCUCUGGUCAGGGGUCAAACCUGUGUCAUAGCAGCAACCCAAGCCACAGCAGUGACAAUGCCAGAGCCUUAACCCUCUGUGACGCAGGGGAACUCUCACCUGGUUGCUUUUUAAAUUUGCUUCCUCUUGUUUCACCUUUUAUAGAAAUAGAAAAAGCUUGACAAAUUCUUUUAACAUUUCCCUGACCCCAGAGAUGGCCAAGGCCUUAAUGAGCCGUCAGAUCUUGGCAAGCUCCCCGUCCUCAUCCCCUCAUCCUCAGCCAUCUCGCUUCUGAGCUUCCAUUAACCCCCACUUGCCACCCUGUAGUCCUUCAAGGACAAGCCUUGUCAGGUGGUAUGGGGGAACCCCUUUCUUCCCAGAAAUUGGUGGGGGCUGUCAGGAGUAGGGAGUGCCGACCUGCCUCCCACGUGUCUCUUUGCUGCAUCAGAGCCUCACUGCUCUGCCCUCUGUUCCUGCUCCAUGGCCUCCCCGGGUCUUUCCCCCAUGUUUUCUUCUGCUGAUUCCCUGGCUGAGAAAACAGUGCUGGGUGAAGUUAGAGAUCCAGGAGAGCUUGUGAGGGUUAGAAGCUGCUCACACUGUUAGGUUUGUCUGAGACCUCCUUCAUGGGUUUCCCUUAGAGGUAUUCUCAUGCCCAUAGGUUCCAUUUGUCCUUGGGUUCACAGGUUGUCCCUGAGGAGUCCCACUGCAGGUGCCAUGGCUGGUUCUGGGCUGUGUGGUGGGUCCUUGAGCAGACUCAGUGUCACAAUGAUUUAGGAGGGGGGUCAUCUGAGUGGGCAGGGUGAAGGCUCUGCUCUUUCUGCCUGUCUUGCCAGAAGGAUGGUCUGACUUCUCUGAAGUAAGGUUAUAUUUAUGAACGUCCCUUCAUUGACCCCAGGACACACAGUAGUGAUUUCCCCAGAAUACCCGGGAGUGAGUGUCCUUGGUUACAAAAAGGACAAUCAGUGGAAGGCCGGUGCCGCUGGGCAGUACCAGAAACCCGGCAGCUGGAACCAAGAGGGCCCUGGGCAGCAGCCUUCACCUGCCUCCACCGAGAGGUGCCGUGCCUUCUCCUCGGCCUGUGCAGCACAUUAAUGCAGAUCAACACAGAGUUUCAAAAAGCUUAGCCAGGGCGCACGUCCAGAUUCGCAGGCAAGUGCGACGUCAGCAGUGAGAAAGCAACAGGCCAGUAUUAAAAGCGAAAGUGCUUUGGUACAAAUAGAGCAAAAACAAAAGGGGCUCGCGCAGGCCUUCUUCUGAGACGCUAUGUGACCUCGGGCCGGUCCCACGGCCCCCCUUGAGGAAAGAGGGUGCCUGAGCCACUUUCCGACUGGCCAGGGAGAGAAGCAGCUUCCAGUGUCUCGGACGAAUACCUUUCCCUGGUGGCCAGGCUCAUUAUCCAUUUCCGAGACAUCCAUAACAAGAAAUCUCAAGCAUCUGGCAGUGACCCUAUGAAUGCGCUGCAGAGCCUGACCAGCGGGCCUGCUGCAGGAGCGACUGGAAUUGGCAUACCUUCUCGGGGCCCAGGACAGCCCCUGGGCGGUAUGAGUGGCCUGGGGGCCAUGGGGCAGCCGAUGCCGCUCUCAGGGCAGCCACCUCCCGGCACUUCAGGGAUGGCCCCCCACAGCAUGGCCGUCGUGUCCACAGCAGCCCCACAGACCCAGCUGCAGCUCCAGCAGGCGGCACUACAGCAGCAGCAGCAACAGUUCCAGCAGCAAGUGGCGCUACAGCAGCAGCAGCAGCAGCUCCAAGCACAGCAGAGUGCCAUGCAGCAACAGUUCCAGGUAGCUGUGCAGCAGCAGCAGCAGCAACUGCAGCAGCAGCAGCAGCAGCAGCAGCACCUGAUCAAGUUGCACCACCAGAACCAGCAGCAGAUGCAGCAGCAGCAGCAACUUCAGAGAAUGGCACAGUUGCAGCUUCAACAACAACAACAACAGCAGCAGCAGCAGGCUCUGCAGGCUCAGCCACCAAUGCAGCAGCCACCCAUGCAGCAGCCACAGCCCCCCCCUUCUCAGGCCCUGCCCCAGCAGCUGCAGCAGUUGCAUCACCCACAGCACCACCAGCCGCCACCGCAGCCGCAGCCACCAGUUGCACAGAACCAACCAUCACAGCUCCCACCUCAGUCACAGACACAGCCUCUGGUGUCGCAGGCUGCAACCCUCCCGGGACAGAUGCUGUAUGCACAACCCCAGCUGAAACUUGUCCGAGCUCCGAUGGUGGUGCAGCAGCCGCAGGUGCAGCCCCAGGUGCAGCCCCAGGUGCAGCCGCAGACAGCAGUGCCGACAGCUCAGGCCUCCCAGAUAGUGGGUUCCGGAGUCCAGGUCAGCCAGAGCAGCCUCACCAUGCUGUCCUCGCCAUCGCCGAGCCAGCAGGUGCAGACCCCCCAGUCGAUGCCCCCUCCGCCCCAGCCGUCCCCGCAGCCCGGCCCGCCCAGCUCGCAGCCCAACUCCAAUGUCAGCUCCGGCCCCACCCCGUCCCCCAGUAGCUUCCUGCCCAGCCCCUCACCGCAGCCUUCCCAGAGUCCAGUGACGGCACGCACCCCGCAGAACUUCAGCGUCCCCUCCCCAGGACCUCUGAACACCCCCGUGAACCCCAGCUCCGUCAUGAGCCCUGCAGGCUCCAGCCAGGCUGAGGAGCAGCAGUACCUGGACAAGCUGAAGCAGCUGUCCAAGUAUAUUGAGCCGCUGCGCCGCAUGAUCAACAAGAUCGACAAGAACGAAGACAGGAAAAAGGAUCUGAGUAAGAUGAAGAGCCUUCUGGACAUCCUGACAGACCCCUCCAAGCGGUGCCCCCUGAAAACGCUGCAGAAGUGUGAGAUCGCCCUGGAGAAACUCAAGAACGACAUGGCGGUGCCCACACCCCCUCCGCCCCCGGUGCCACCAACCAAGCAGCAGUAUCUGUGCCAGCCGCUCCUGGACGCUGUCCUGGCCAACAUCCGCUCGCCUGUCUUCAACCAUUCCCUGUACCGCACGUUUGUGCCGGCCAUGACGGCCAUCCACGGGCCACCCAUCACGGCCCCGGUGGUGUGUGCCCGGAAGCGCAGGUUUGAGGAGGAUGAACGGCAGAGCAUCCCCAAUGUGCUCCAGGGCGAAGUGGCACGGCUAGAUCCUAAGUUCCUGGUGAACUUGGACCCUUCUCACUGCAGUAACAAUGGCACUGUCCACCUGAUAUGCAAGCUGGAUGACAAGGACCUCCCCAGCGUGCCACCACUGGAGCUCAGCGUGCCCGCCGACUACCCCGCCCAGAGCCCACUAUGGAUCGACCGGCAGUGGCAGUACGAUGCCAACCCUUUCCUGCAGUCAGUGCACAGAUGCAUGACCUCCCGGCUGCUGCAGCUCCCGGACAAGCACUCGGUCACAGCCCUGCUCAACACCUGGGCCCAGAGCAUCCACCAGGCCUGCCUCUCAGCCGCCUAACCACCCUGGCUGUUCUGCCCACCCUCUAGGGACCACGGGGUGGCCAGGAGCCUUCUUGGGCUCUGUGUCGGACAUUUCUAGAUACUGGCUUCCUUAGAGAGCCUGGGCUUAGGUUAGCUUUCCUGCUUUUAUCUUCUGCCUUGGGGACCUGCCAAAUAUUUCCCACACUUGGGUAGGACCGGGAUGGGCAGCUGCUUCCUCAGGAGCAGGACACUCCCCAGCCAACCUGCUGUCCCCACAGCUUCUGCAGGGCCACGUCCUCCCUCAGUAGCCGUGGGGACUCACGGUCUUGUUUGAGCCUCUCGUGUAUGUGCCAGGAAACUUACUGUUUCUGUAGGGGACCGUGCAGAAGGUAGGACACCCUUAAAACACGCAGAAUUCUCCAAUCAGUUUGGGGACCGCUGGCAUGUGGGGCACGCCACAGGGAAGCUCUCUGGCCUGGGGGUGUGGGCAGCGAAUCCACUGCCUUUGGCCGGGCCUCAUACCUCAUGGCAUUCUCCUUCUGGCCCUGGGGACCUGCUCCACCGUGGGGGUGCCUGGGGAGCAGGGGUGUCAGGGCAGAUCCUGUUCCUGGCCUCGUGCCCACUGGUUAGGCGCUUGGGCCCAUGCUUGGGUCAGAACGUCGUCCUCGGGACCCAGCGCCUUACGGACUCCUGACAGGGUGUCACCAGCCGGCCCUCUGGCAGUGAGAGGUCCCCCCUUUUGUAUGUGCAUUACUGUGUCUUCUGUGGUUCUUAUAAUAAAUUUAUUAUUCCUGUGUUUGUCA